AUGGCCCUGCGGCUCCUGCUCCAGCUCGCCUUGCUGGGACUUGGCACCACGAGGCCCUUGGUCCGGGGCCGCAGCUUCGGCGCACCAGCGGUUGCCUGGCCAUCUUUCUUCGACCUCAACUCACCCCUGGGAGUUCAUGAAACCACCCAGAUUCCCAGCAACGGGAGCGCGCCCCUGCGCGUGGACGUGCAGGUGUUUGUGACAAACGUGUUCAACGUGGUGAGUGUCCUCCGGGCCAGGAGGGGCGGGACCCCAGUGCUGAGCGGGAAGGGACGGGACCGAGUCCCUGGAGUGCUGUGGUCUCCCGCCCUCUUGUGUCACGUAGCAGCCAACCCUCAGGUGACGUGCUGCCCCUCCCCAGGACAUCCUUCGGUACACAGUGUCCUCCAUGCUGCUGCUCCGGCUGGUGAGAGCCCCCGGGGGGUGGGCAGAGCCCGCUCUGAGUCCAGCUCAGAAGUACCGUCUUCAUCAACCUGCCGAGCGGCAUGUACACACAGAACCUUAGUGGGGUCCUUGUGUCCCCAGUCCUGGCUGGACACGCGCCUGGCCUGGAACGCGAGUGUGCACCCACGGCGUGCCCUUACACUGCCCUGGGACUCUCUGUGGACACCGGAACUCACUAUCCAGGAGGCGCUCUGGGUGGACUGGCAGGACCAGACCCCACAGGCCCAAGUGGACCAAGAUGGCCGCGUCGAGCUCUACCUGGCCCUCACCACGGAGACCAACUGUGACUUCGAGCUCCUCCACUUCCCCAGAGACCAGAGCAACUGCACCCUCAGCUUCUAUGCCCUCAGCAACACGGUGAUGGAGCUGGAGUUCCAGGCCCACGUGGUGAACGAGAUCGUGAGUGUCAAGAGGGAGUAUGUAGUUGGGGAUUUGAAGACCCAGGUCCCGCCCCAGCAGCUGGUGCCCUGCUUCCAGGUGAAGCUGCACCUACAGAACACAGCACUGAAGGCCAUCCUGGCUCUGUUGGUGCCCGGGGAGGCGCUGCUGUUGGCUGACAUGUGCGGGGGGCUGCUCCCCCUGCAGGCCCCGGAGCGCAUGGCCUACAAGGUGACCCUGCUGCUGGGCUACCUCGUCUUCCACUCCUCCCUGGUGCAGGUCCUGCCCAGCUCCUCCUCCUGCAACCCACUGCUCAUUCACUACUUCACCAUCCAGCUGCUGCUGCUCUUCGUCAGCACCGUGGAGACCGUGCUGUUGGCGGGGCUGCUGGCCCGGGGCCACCUCAGGGCCAAGCGCAGCCCUGGCCCAGCCCCGAGAGGGGAGCAGCAAGCUCAUGAGGAGGCAGGGCCGAAUCCUGAAGAGGCCCCCCGAGGAGCGGGGUCACGGAGGAGCUGGGCCGAGGCUGCGGACCACACCUUCUUCCUGCUCUACGUGGCAGGGGUGGUGUGCAGCCAGUUCAUCUUCAUUGGGCUCUGGAUGUGGGCGACGUGCAAAUCUGACCCAGCCCCUGGCGAGGCCGUACCCCACGGGGGGCAGCCGAGGCCGUAA